AUGCAGUCUAUCAAUCGCUUUCUGUAUGGCCCAACACCAGAAGAGAAAGUCCGUGGUUGGCAAUCUAAACUUCGGCAAGAAUCCAGAACCUUGGAUAGAGAGAUGAGGCAGCUCGAUCUCGAAACGAACAAAGCACGAAGCACUGUGAAGCAACUUGCGAAGAAGGGAGAUGUCAAAUCAGCGCGCAUAUUGGCUCGCGAGAUCGUGAGGAGCAACAAGCAAAAAGACCGAUUAUCGGUUAGCAAGGCAAGGCUCAGCUCUAUUGGGACACAACUGACGCAACAAUUGGCGAUGUCCAAAGUCACAGGAUCCCUUCAGAAAUCCACCGAGAUCAUGAAGCUCUCGAAUAAUCUGAUCAAGCUACCCCAGAUCAGUCAAACAAUGCGGGACAUGAGCAUGGAAAUGACGAAGGCAGGCAUAUUGGACGAAAUGCUGGCCGAUACAUUCGAGGUCGACGAGGAUGACGAAAUUGAAGAGGAGGCUGAUGCUGAAGUCGACAAAGUACUGUUUGAUUUGACCAAUGGCAAGCUUGGCCAAGUUGGCUCUGUGGAAACUGGACUUCCAUCAUUACAAGACCAACUGGAAGAGGAGGAGGCAGAGAGAGAGAUGGAGAAAUACCGAGAACAGCUGAAUGGUUUACUCAGCGGAUAG